UUUCAUCGACAUCUUCCAGUCUUCCAGAUCGAUCUAUCAUCUAUCGCUCGUGGUGCCUCUCGUUCCAGACAUUGGAUGGGUCGAUCCAAGAAGAGAGGCCGUAAUCCGGCCGAUGACCUCACCGACGACCUCGUGGUGGAGAUCCUGUCGCGGCUGCCGGCCAAGUCCGUGUGCCGCUUCAAGUGCGUCUCCAAGCACUGGUGCCAUGGCCUCAUCGCCCACCCUGACCACCGCUCCAGGCUCCCCCAGACUCUCUCCGGCUUCUUCCGCAGCUCAGAGACACGGAUCGACGACGGCACGAAGUCGUCCCCCAUCAUCGACAGCGACGACGACGACGACUUGUACGAAUCGGAUCACGACACGGAAUGGACAAUAGCUCCCAAUUUCGUGAGCAUACUAGGAAAGAAGAAAGAAAAGCACGCCGUCGUCUCUGACCCCGCGCUGUCAUUCUUGACGGGCUACAGAAGCGUCAUCCCCAAGAGCUGCUCCGACGGCUUGCUCCUCUGCCUCUGCUGGAAGGUGGCAUCCACGACCGAAUCCGACUACGUGGUGUGCAACCCGGCCACCCAGCAGUGGGUGAGCGUCCCCGGCAAUGGCCACCGGUUCAGGACGGACAUGCGGAUGUUCCUCGCCGCCGCCGCAUCGGGCCACUUCCACAUCUUCGCGCUCCUGCACGACGAGGAUUGGGAGUGGUACACAGAAGACGUCGACAUAUACUCCUCGGAAGCCGGAGCGUGGAGCCACCACGAAAGCGGCUGGGCCUGGGACACCAAGGUGUCCCACCGCGGCGUCUUCCACCACGGCAUGCUGCAUCUGGUCACAAUCAGCUCGACGAUCGUCGCCGUUAACACGGAAGGGACGACUUGGAGAACCAUCCCUUUGCUGGAAUCCAUGGCCACCACGUACCGCUAUUCGUCCAACGGCCCUUUCAUCGGCGUGUCCCAGGAGCGCUUCCAUUACGUGAGCCACCGGCGCAGGGAUGAGCACACCCUGUCGGUGUGGAUUCUCGGCGACGGCGGCGACGACGAAAACCAGUGGACCUACAGGUACAGCAUCAGCACCACCCGUAUUUUCGGAGCCAAGAUCACUGAUCUUGAGGAGUACUCUUUGGUUGGGAUCCAUCCGGAAUGCAACACCGUCUUCUUCGGUGUGAAAAGGAACCGGAAGUACGUGUUGCUGUCGUAUGACAUGGACCGUGGGAAAGUUCGUACUCUCGGCAAUAUCAGAUUCGGUGGGUGGUCGUACAGGCCGUAUCUUCCGUAUGUUCCCUCUUUCUCAAGAAUCGUUGGCUGAUCGAGGUCUUGUUGGGGUGAAAGCCUGCAACUUGUUACACCAAACAUUUUCAGACGCA